AUGAAGACGUUAUUUGUGUUUGCGCUCUUGCUCACCUUCCUGACCUCCUCAGGGGCCUCCCCGAUUCUGCCGGAAAAGGAGGCCAAGCAGCUCCUGAGGUCCAGGCGCCAGGACCGGCCGAGCAAGCCCGGCUUCCCGGAUGAGCCCAUGCGGGAGUACAUGCACCACCUGCUCCGCCUGGAGCACCGCGCCGAGGAGCAGUUCCUGGAGCACUGGCUGAACCCGCACUGCAAGCCGCACUGCGACAGGAACCUGGUCCACCCCGUGUAG